GGCAGGUAAGGCAUUUUAAGCACAGACCUACACUCUAUAUGCCUUUGCCCACGUCUCGAUAACGGCGGCUGGGCGUCGCCUUUGCGGCACAGAAAUAUGUCUCACAGAUUGGAACAAAUUGAAAAAUGGUAAUAUUGGUCAGUUGGUGAGCAGAGCAUGGUGAAACAAUCCUGGGCUUGGGCAACACAAGUCAGAGGAAAAUAUACAACGAGCAGAGCAUCACCGUAUAGUACGCUCAGGACCAAUCACUACGUACGCCAUUAAUGACAAGACCAGAGGGAAGUAUGUCGUCAUAAACAUCACGGCGUGCCAAGUUGAAAGCAGUGACAGUAAAGAUCAACGUAACUCGGAACAGACACAAGAAGAACUAGAAGAAGAAAUGUCUCACUACUGGGACUACAGUAUUGACCUGCCCGCACACUUCUUGGUUAGCUUCGCCGUUCCCCCUGGGUUCCUGGCUUGGCGUCGUCAGUUGAGCGAUGGCGAAAGCUCAUUUUACAUUAACGCAUUGGUAAAAGUUUUUGACGAUAACAAAGAUAAAGACGUCGACAUCAAGAAGUUGCUUACCAAGGUUGCAUCAGAGGUAGCCGCGAAAGCAAUGACGCCAAGUGGGCAAGACAGUGCCGUGAAGCAGAUGCCCUGCUUCGUGUCCGCUCUCACUAAGAGCCUGCAUCUCUGUGACAAGAAAUGACUCCUGACCAGAAAUACGACGGCCAAUUUUAAUUCCGCUUGUUCCGCGAUCCAUUGUUCGCUCAGCAACAAUGUUACUGCAAUAAACCAGUGUAUUCCAUUGUCCGUUGUCAUAAAUAGCAGUAUAUAUUCGGAGCACCUUUCUUCUGUAUUUCCGGGAGUUCCAAGCCUUAAUCCCGCUGGAAUUCAGAGCCCCACAAGUCCAAUACCCAGCCACAGCCCAUGUUAACACAAACGCAAUAGUCCAGCAACUCGAGUGCAACGAGUCUUUAUUCCGGAGGUGAGUGCUGUUUCAGCAGGCCCAGCUAUUUCGGAAUUCUGCGAGUGUGUACCUCGCGCUUCGCUGCACUACAAAGCAAGAUGACGGAACUGCGACUCUGCGGAACAGCUGACAGCAAUGUAUCACGCACAUCGCUUGUGGAAGCUUCAUUAAAACCGUCUUCCCCGUCUACAGUUCCGUACAGAGGAACAUAACCUAAUACAGGAAGGGAUUUGCCUCAGGACGAGAGCGGCCGAUAUUUCGAACACAGACUGUAAAGUGUAAAAUUUAAAGGGUUAUUGGUAUGACGUACUAAAUGUUUAAAGAACCUUUAACAGAUCAUACCUACCCCUUUAGAUACCAUGCCAAUGAAGAGGACGUGGUGUCCAGAAGAAGAACAGUCUGUGUUCGAUAUAUGGGCGGCUCUCGUCCUGAGGCAAUUCCCUUCAUACUUCCCUACCGGUUCGCUGGAUUUUCUGCCCGCCUACUAUAACCUACUACAGAACGCAUGCUACUGAAAGCGUAGUGCUAACUACGGGUAUAUUAGUGGACUUAACUAAAGCAUUCGAUUGAAUCAAUACUGACCUAAUUCUUCAGAAACUAUAUAAACAUGGGAUACGGAUUCACCAGAGGCUACUUAUCAGAUAUAAGUAUGUCCCCAUCUCACAGACCCACUCAAAAAUUAGCAACAUUCAACAGAGAGUGUCUCAGAGUUCCGUACUGGGUCCUUUCCACUUUCUAGUUUUCAUAAAUGAUCUUCCACGACACCUCACAUUAAAAAUAGUUCUGUAUGCAAACGAAACCACGUUAUUCGUCGAAUCUGUCAAUAUGGUAUACAAUAAAACAAAUAGUUCUAUGCUCGUGUUAUCAUAUCGGCUAGUCAUGAAUUAACUAAUCGCUAACUGCAGUAGGACAACGUUUAUUUUAUAUCAUCCAAAGAAUAAAUGCCCACCUACCCAAGUAGCACAGCCGACUGGGGUUGUGGCGAACCGUUGACAACGACAAGGAUGGACACGCUCGUGGAGCACCCGCUCCUCAGUUCUGCCGGCGCCGCCCUAGCGUGACGGCACGACCAUCGGCCCGCUGGGACAUUCCAUCAUUGCCGGUCGGGACUCGUGUCGAGGAAGACCAUCGUCCUCUACAUUUGGUGACCCGAACAAAGAACACCACGUUCGAUGUAAUUCAGCCCUUUUACCGUUCCAAAUUUGGCAACCUUCGUCAAGUCCAGCAUCGAUGGUACUCUGCUGCGCAGCCUGGAAGCCCCUCUGCCUUUACCUGUCCGACCGCUACAACGGAUCUGAUACGGCAGCCGAUCGGGCCUGAUGCUCACCGGCCCACGGGUCUCACCGGCCCAGAUGCACUGCGACUUGACUCCUUCGAACCGGCCUGGCCUCGACCUGAUGACGUUUCCAACGGCUUCCUCUACUCGGCGAGACCACCGCAGUGCUAAUGACGCUACAUUGCGAAGCCCAUCGUUCCGACACACAUGCGCUUCACAGCUACAUCCACCUUCACUCCUGCCCGAUGUUCACCGCACCCCCGCGCUCUUUCACUGUCGGCCGCGACACUCAAGGCUCGCGCUCACCUGCCGGUCGUGCAGUCGCGGCACCUACGCCACGGCACGUUUCAGCCGGCGUCUCGGCGUCUCACCACAGCUCGCACAGCCUCACUCCUGCACUCACCUCUCCUGGGACACUCAGAGAUACGGCUCCCGUGCCGGUCGCGGCACCCCAGGACCGCGAUUUCGUCAGCGCCUCACACUCUCUUCUCCGCUCUUAUCGGGCUAACGGAUCGUCGUUCCUGUUGCUUGCCAGCUGUGAUGCUUCGCCAACGUGUGCCGUGCCAUGAACUUCCUCCGCCGUGCAUGUUCAUCCACGGCCAGUUUCGCUCAGUUUCUCAUUUGCAUGCGCUCAUUAAUAAAAUAUACAUCCUGACUUUUUCACUUUACUUGGCCGGGCUUUGAUACCUGUGACGUAGCAAUGGUCACUCUGAGAUAGUGUCAAACCAGUAAAAAAUAGCUUCGACUUUUAGUGAUUUUUUUUUGAGUAAGUAACUGCUUUCGGUUUACAAAUUUCUUGCGCGGAACAGUGCAGGAAUGCGCUGUUUCGCUCAACUAUCCUGCGCUCAAAUUCGUGUUCAUGCGCUUGCAUUGGUGGCGGAGGAGCCGCAAGGUAAGGAAGAGCUGCGAGCGAGGGUUUGAUAUGGCUUCUGGUUUCUACUAAACUCGUAAACAGGAUUGCGGUCGUGUCGUUGGAUGAGGCAAACGGUACGCCUUUAUCGCCAUAAUGAGGAGCACUUGCCAAUGGCGAUAAAGCAAUUUGUGGUUUUAUAAAAAAAAAUCCCUACCUAUCCAUCCUUCUGGAGAUAUUACACUGUAAUGUAAAGAUCACGGAUUGCGCAUUUCGCUAUAAAAGAUAUCAUCCAAUGGCAAUGCUACCCACUAGAGCACUAGAAAAACAAGUUUCAGAGUACCGGCAGCCUUUUCACUCGCCGCCGCGAUGGUUUGACCGCAUCUACCCAUGUGACCGUAAUCCACCAUAUCCCUUCCAUUCAUUUAUUCAUUUGGUUAUCCCUUGUACAUGUAAUGAGGCCAUAGAUCACUGGCCCUGUUGAUAUUGCAGUCUGACGUCUGCGUUUGUAAAUCAAAUUAUUGUAUAACUGAUAUUAUAUUGUCCCUACCUAGGAAAAUGUUUUUGGUUUCGUAGUUGUCUAUGUCCGUAUACCUGCACGCAGAGUACUUUACGUACCGUCCAGGAUCAUUCGCACAGGUAAUCUCACUCGAGUUUCCAUAAAAUUUCAUUUGUCGCAGAGCGUCAGCACCAGGGGCCCAAUUGGCGUGGAAGGGAAAUGGCGGCGUUGCCAGGUUACGUGAGGCGAAGCCAAGUCAAGAAGUGGUUGGCGGUACUCGGAAACUUGUUUUUCUAGUGCUCUGCUACCCACGUUACUUCCCCCGUGCUAGUUUCGCUAGGAGUCGACUCUCGAGAACCUCUAUGUUCCUCGUCUUUUAGACUCGGAGACCACUGUCUAACGAGAACAGCGCUAAAAUCUCAGGGCAGUGUUCCACAAGUAUGAGACCGCAAUGCAUAGUGUAGAGAUACAACAUACUACGGAGAAAGCGAGAAGAAGGAGGUUGAGUUACAGGCAAUGACACCACAAGAAGUUUAUAGAGCCGCGGAAGAGGAGCUUCCGAACGGGAUCAAGCCUCCUGAGUAAACACAUGCAAGGUAACACAGAAGAACCUCAAGGAACCAGUGACAAUUCUGUAGAAGAAAUUAUCUACUGCAACAGUCAAGUCCUCCCAGGGUACCACGGUUAAAAAAAAAGAACAAGUCGGACGGGAGCUACGUACGAGUACGUAGUACGGCUUUGUAUUUGUGGAAAACACAAGCGCUUCAGAUCUUGCGACAACAGAAUAAAUAAUAGAAAUUCGAAUCAAUCGAGAUUGUUAAAGGAAGACUUCCCAGCCAAAUGGAUUUCAAGCUUGCUGUAUUCCCACAAUCAUUUACACGAACAGAACACAGUUGUGAAAUAUGAAACUUGAAAACGAAGGGGGAAUCAUGAAAGUGACUUGAAAUAUGGAAAAGCUUGGCUUCGACCACCGAGCGCCGAUGGAAGUACUGCUUGCGACAUACUUGUUUGAUAUCUCCAGCCCCCGUAAAAGCGGGUUACCGAACCAAGUUGCUGUGCUACCAUCGCCUUCGCUUCACUUCCGUUCUUCUGGUGGCGGCGGGCACGGUGUAAGAUAAAGAUAAGAGGUGAUGACACCCACGCCAGCGGAGCGUCCAGAUAAUGUUCGCUUUCCAGGCCCCCUGGCCUGAUCGCCAUCUCUCGGCGCGCAGUAGAACUGACAGGACCGCCAAAGGUUACCUAUGCCUUUCCCGGCGUUGCAAGCGAAUGUCUUGUGCUCUUGGCUUCGGCAGCUAUGCGCACCGUGCAGCUAUGCAGCUGCGCGCAUGUGCGGCAGCUUGUGCGCCGUCAGAUGGCGAUCAGGCGAGGGGGCCUGGAAAGCGAACAUUAUCUGGACGCCGCCUUCGCAUGGCGAGACAAGAGAGUGUCAUCACCUCUUAUCUUUAUCUUACACCGUGGCGGCGGGGCUGCGCAGCGCCACCAGACGGGAGAGAUGGCGAUCCGAUUACCGCGCGUCGUCUGCUAGCUCCAAAUGCGUCGACGGGGCAGCGCUUUCCUCGGAAUGCGGAGUGGGAUGGGGAUUUCUGUUUUCUGUUGUUCCUUUUUACUGUUUUUGAAACUUAAGUACACCGAGAUUAGGCCACGUUUGAGCAGUUCCUGCGGUCGUCAGGACUCUUUGUGAAAGGUGUCACAGUAAUGCAAGGGACCACGGCUGCUCCGUGAAACUGGCACAAGAGAGUGAUUACCUCAUUUUAUUUACUGGUGUUAUGUGAAGCAAGCAAGCCUCGCUUGCUGGCUAGGAUACAAAAAAUAUACAAAAUGAAGGAAAGAAACGCUCUGGAACACAGGACCUCAGUAACGCGUUGGUGCCCCUCCGCUCUCAAUGACUGUGUUCAUUCGCCUGGGCAGGGAAGCGUAGAGGUUGUCCAUCAGCGUUGAGUCACGCUGCAGGGACUCCCACUCUCUUUCCACGGCUUCCCACAACUCCUGCGAGCUUCGCAUGACUUUCCGUCUUGCAGCCAUACGGUACUUCAUGAUGCCCCAGAUGUUCUCAAUUAUAUUGAGAUCGGGACUGUGAGGGGGCCAGUUAAGCUGAAUCCCACACUCCUCCUGUUGUCGCUGGGCCAUGUAAGUCUACUUUCACUGUUGCUGUAAACAGUUGUAAAUAAACGUUGUUGUCGAGUGUCGUUGAAGUACGUCUCCGGCCAAGUUUUCGGACAAAACCAUCGCCAUGUAUCGGCAACCGUCCAGCAGUGGGAAGCAGAGGAGAAGAACCGAGGUGUAGAAACCUCCUUUACUGGCGCAGUCGAUAGAGUCCCCUGCGUGGACAAGAGCAGCAGCAACCGCAUUCAUGCAACAAGGCAAGGCACGGGUAACAGCAACCAAGAUACCAAGGCGGCCAGGGAACGACGGACCGUGAAAACCAAGUCGGAAGAAACCGCGACGGACAGCGGAGCAAAGGCGUAGCUGCAACGGACCGCAGUAAGUCCUACCGACGACGUUAACGCGGCACCAUUUCGAUAUACCGCGACGGACAGCGGAAUCGGAAGAUCUGCGACGGACAGCAGCGAGACGUUACCGGCCCAACCUUCAGCAACUCCCAAGCUCCGGGUGCACCACGACGGACUCUGGAAGAAGAGCUGCGACGGACAGCAGCGAGACAGCAUAGCCUACGGCAUCUUCAAAGUGACGGGUACACUGCGACGGACAGCGGCGAAACGGCAUAGCCUACGGCAUCUUCAAAGGGCCGGGUACACUGCGACGGACCGCGGAAGAAGAGCUGCGGGGGACAGCAGCGAAACAACGUAGCCUGCGGCAUCUUCAAAGGAUCGGGGACACCGCGACGGACUGCGGCCUGCCCAGGGAAGGCGACGGACAGCAGUACAGCGACGACGUCUAGCGUCGGGCAGUCAGGCGAGGCACCUUCGUAGCAUCAGCGCUUGCAGCAUCCUGUGAGGAACCCGAAGUGAAUUGUGCGGUGAACCGUGAACGAUCAUCUGUGUAAAGUCAGCGUUGGAUAAUAUUCACCAGGUAGGAGAUUAUCCGCAAUUCCUCGGGGUCCAUUUUGGCUAGGAGCAUCGAUAGCUGUAGGACGCGUAUGACCACGCGUAGUGGCGCGAAUUAUAAAGUUGACUGUAGUUCGUUUUGGUCUGUUAACAUGGCGUCAAGCCAGAAUAACGAACAGUCUGACAGACAGGAAGACACGUCAGGGCGGAGCGAUCUUACGGAACUCGCACUUGAGCGCUUGAGGCUGGAAAUAGAGUUGGAAAAGGAAAAGUCACGCCGGAUUGAACUAGAAAUAUCGCGAGCGAACAGUGAAAAGUCGUCCAGAAGCUCGUCGCCCCCACCAGCAUCUCGAGAAGACACCCUCGAGUGCUAUGCAAAGAAGCUAAGGAGCGUACUCCUGCCAUUGCCUGCCGAUUUAGAAGUGCCGGUAUGGUUCGAAGGGAUAGAGGGCAUCUUUCGAUCGUAUAAAGUCCCGACUGAAAUUCAAAGCCACCUCGUGCUACCUCUAGUCACCAAACGGGUAAAACAUCUAUAUUCUAAACUGACGACAGAUGAGCUUGACAAAUACGACGCGGUGAAGGAUGCAGUGUUGAAGGAACUUAGGCUAGCGCCGGCAGAGUACAGGAAGCAGUUCCUGAGCGCGGUCAAAUCAAAAGACGAGGGGUGGUCCCAUUUUGCCUCACGGAUGAAAAGCUACCUUAUGUAUUACGCGAAGGCGCGUGAUGUGGACAACUUUGACGACCUGGUUGAAUUAUUGGCGGCCGACCAACUCAAAACCGUCAUUAGUCCCGCGGCCUGCGAAUACAUAAAAAUCCAGGAGGGUAGCGGCUGGACAAAAACGUCGGAAAUUGCGGAAAUGAUGGACGCAUUUGAGGAGGCUAGAGGCAUCGGCGCAGCAGGUAGGGAGCGUUUGUCGCAAACCGUGAAUUCCUACCGCCCUCCUCAACGGGUUGAGAGAACGGGAAACGCAUCCACGAAAGACACGCGAGGAAAAAUACUGAAAGGACAGGACGGUCGGGGUCAGAGUCGCAUUAAGUGCUUCGUAUGUAGCGGCCCACACUUCGCGCGAGAUUGCACGCUGAGGCAGAAACAGACAGGUGGAAGGCACGUGCAGGCAUCAAUAAACGCCACCACAAUGAUACCAGCGGAUCAAGGCCGCACUCCUACAACGGCCGACACGGCGAACAGCACACUCGAGUGCAGAGCUAAUUGCGCGACAACAAAGGGAAUAGCGCAGGUAUCCGCGUUACAAGUCGUGGAGUUACGUAGCGGUCCCACAACAAUACAAGCUAUUGUAGAUACCGGGGCAGAAGUGACAGUUAUGCGACCCAGUUUGUUUCCCGAAGAAUCCGCAGAGGCGACCGGCACGGUAACACUAGUGUCUGCCUUCGGGCAAAAAGUGAAGGCGAAAUUGGGAACACUCUCCCUUAGUCUGGCUGGGGACGGAGAGGAAAGAGGGGCAGAUAAGUCGGCAUACCCCAGAGGGAACAAUGCUUUCCUACGGAUGUCCCAUGGAAAACCUGAGGUGGAGAUCCGGACGUCCACAGGAUAUGACCAUUUUGGGGAGUUGACGUGUACAGGAUGUCCUGCGGAGCUCCGCGUGGCCGCAGUUUUGGUAUCCUGUGGAAGUCCUACUAUGAUCCUCAGAGGUCAUAGCAGGGACAUGUAUGGGACUGUUACAGCACAUGCACCCACAGCUGUUUUAGCAAGAUUAUCAGCCUUAACAGAGACAUAUUCAAAUUUUUUUAUUGCAAUUUAAUGUAACAGCAUGUAACAUGGAAAAACACCGUAGGGACUAAGGACAAUAUCUUUUUAAACGCUACAAAUGCAGAUAUUCAUGCAGUAGAAUGCAGUGUUCAUUUUCAAUGUUUACCAGGCUCACAAAUUCUUCAAAGCACAAAAGUCGCUACUUACUUUAUAGAACAUUAUAUAUCUGCACAACAUACUUGUGCAAUUAAAAGGCGAAACCCCACAAAAAAGUACAGGCACUCGUCAUAUAUGACAGUCGAGAUCAGUGCACGUUUGUGCAUUAAAAAAAUAAAUAAAAGCUCACUGUAUCACAGUCAAGCUAGCGAACGGCACACUUUGCAGCUUCUGGACUUAUGAGUAAAAUUCUUAACAAUACAAAAGCGGCCACUCAUAAUAUCACAGUCAAGAUAUGUGCACAGCAUCUGUGCACUGAAAAAAUGAAAAAGUACGACUUAUGAGUUUAGGACUUUCAAAAAUUUUUCGCAGUACAAAACCAUGUGCACAUUAUAUCACAGUCAAGAUAUAUGCACGUCAUUCUUGUGCAAUUAAAAAAGUAAAAAUUGAUGGUACAGCCUAACCACUUGGCAGUUCUAAAAUUCUUUACACUACAAGAGUCACAGAAAGUUAACGAAGAGGUAGUAAUAUGCACAGAAAUGAGUAUCACAAAAAUAGCAAUAUUUCUAGAAAACUGAAAACUUUUACAUGUGUUACAUGCUGUAAAAGUCAGAUCUAAUGACCACGUAGCCCGUUGCUACUGCAAACAAUUUAUAUUUGGCUAACGUGUUCAUUUAGCAGAGUUAAACUGCUCUUACAAGCAGACUGUUAAUGUAGGCAGGAAAAACGCAUAGUCACCCUUUUUAGAGAAAGACACACAAACAGUUUGUCUUUUAAUUAAACAUAAGCAGGCAAACUACACAGGCACUAUGGAUGCCGGUUUUGCACAUGAUAUACAGGACAGUCCUCAACCAUGAUAACUAUUCACAAUAAGAAAUAUAGGCAAUG